CGCUUACCGCCACUUUGAUCCCAAGCAAUCACCCGCGCUUUCAUCCACAUCACGUGGACUUCCCACCGAGUCCGAGUCCUAUCACCACCUUACCGCCUACGAUAUCCGGCGUAUCGGCCUCGGAAUAUCAAGAUGCCGAGCUGCACGGGCCCCCAGCUGGCAAUGCAGCCUGACUCAGAUAUCCUUAAGUAAUCUCUCCUUCCCACAUCCCGCUGCUUACAGCAUCUUCACCUGCUUACCUCAUUUCAGUGGUUUACCCCAAAUCACCAGCAGCUACACCAAGUUCACCUGGGAAGGUUGGAGAAGGCAAAUUAAAGUCACUAUCGAAAUCCUCAUUACCUCUUCCCCAAUUUCAACGCCAUCCAUGCAGCCUGCGUUGGCGCCAGCACCGCAUCCCGGUAUGCAGAACCCUGCUCAGGACCACGCGGAUCAGGUGCUUCAUGACCAGCUCCUGGCUGCUCAGCACAACAUGCAUCGUCCCCAGGGUGGUCCCAUCCAGCAGCACCUGCAGCCAAAUACUGCUAGCCCUCGGGAUCAGGCUAACAUUGACCCGGCCAUCUCUGGUGCUAUGAUGUCUGCUGCGCCCCAGACCCCCACCCAGCCCCAGCAGAGUUCGCCGGAUGAUAUCACCCCUAAGAGCUACGGCAAGCGUGAGCUGUCGACCUCCAAGCGUGCUGCUCAGAACCGCGCCGCUCAGCGUGCUUUCCGCCAGCGCAAGGAAACUUACAUUCGCAAGCUGGAAGCUGAGAACAAGAACAUUGACGCUCUCCGUGAGCAGAUGAAGGCUAUUCUCAACGAAAACUACAGCCUACGUGACUACGUGGUCACUCUGCAGAACCGUCUCAUAGACGCCUCCAUUGAUGUCCCCGAUGCCCCGGGUAACAUCGAUCUCAGCCAGCCCCGACAUGACUUGUCCAUGGCGGCCGCCAUGCCCGACGCGGGUCCCUCCGGCCAAGUGCCUAAUGCACAGGUUCCUCAGCAGCAGCCCCAGCAUCCUGGCUCUGCCGGCGAUGAGCUGAACCUGAACAGCAUCGCUGUCGCUGGUCUGGGCAUGCGCAAGCACCCGGACGAGAACGCUUUCAUGGCUGGUAACUUCCAGCACAACAAGCGUGUUCGUGUCGAUGAGAACCAGGGUGAUCUCUCCGACGCUAUGCCUAAGCAGGAGGCUCACCACGGUUUGCCCAUGGCUUAAAGAAAACACCGACGUGUCUUCUUCGUUAUUUCUUCAGCAACAUCGUUAACUACAUUUUCUGAACCCGCCGACUCGAUAUCCUUUGUUUCAGGCCCACCGGUCUCGACCCUCAUACCCAUACCACAUUCCCCAUCUUCCAAUCUUCUCUCGCCAGCCUCAUGCCUGAUCAUCAUACUUUCGUUCGGCCUAGUUCUCCGCCUAGGUCUAUCUGUCCCCCUCAAUUCCCCUUUUCCUCGUCGUUAGCUUUCCUUCGGACGGUGUGUGGCGCCAUUCGUGUCUCCUAAUUUUUUUUUCACUCGGCGGUGUUAUUUUGAUUUUUCACUCUUACUGCAUCUCUGGACAGCAGAGAUCUUUUCAACGGAGUACAAGCUUUAUCAAUGGGAUCUUUCAAAAUACAGAAUCCGUGUAACGUAGCUUCUUCCAGGGGGAAUCGAGGCUCGUUGAUAUGCUCCGUAAUAUGGUUCAUUGGGCGUUGUUUUGGAACGUGGCGGUAUUGCCUUUGCGAUGCUUGAGUUUACGUCUUAGCCCGUUUCUCAACCUGUUAGUCCGAGCUACGUUCUAAUCAGUUGAACAUGCAAUUUUUACAUAGGACGGUACUGUGUGAUGGAUAUUUCUAAUGACCUAGGUAUGCCCCAGUAUAGUUGAUUUGUCGUAAAGAGAGUUUGUAUGAUUCUUGACAUUGUUCACAAAUGAGUAGAACGAUUGGGAAGACCUCAACGGGACAAUACGAUCCGCCCUUGGUGAAUCUCGGUUCUUGCGUAUCUGGCCAGGUCUUUUAGAUGCGACUCCUGAUA